AUGGAGCAACGGUUACUAGACAACUGUGACAAGAUAAAACAAGAAAACAGUAAUGCGAUACAAAAGAUGAGUAAAUAUUUCGAAGAUUUAAAAAAAGAACUAGAUGUGAUUCAUGGGCAGAUCACAUCCAAAGAAGAGGAAUCAACCUAUAAGUUUGUAAAGGCGAGGAAAGCAAGUUCAGCUUUAAAAUCAUUAGAAAGUCAAAUCUAUGCGACAGACGGAAGGUCCAGAUUGAAAGUUUGCCAAUUAAAUAGAAAUCAGUUUUAUAACGUCAUAUUAUCAAAAGGUAACCCACUCGGAGAAAUCGAAGUUACAACACAAAGGCAAGGAAAUGUACAGAACGAAAUUAGUAUUCCGAAACGAGAAAGGUUUAUCAAUGUAAAAUCAUCAUCAGAUCGCAUGGGUUGCAAUAUCUCAGGUAUAGCUGCACUAAGUGAUACAACAAUCGCAUGUACCGACUGGAAUAACCACAAGAUAAAGCUUAUUGAUGUCACAGACGGCACACUUAGCUCAGAGAUAGAUGUAGAACCCGAUCCGUGGGAUUUGACACUCGUUCCGAACAAGGAAAUUGCAGUUACUCUGAACUCUGCACAGAAAAUUCAGUUCCUGUCGUUCAAACAAAGUCUAUGUAAAAGUCGCUUCAUUAAGGUUAAUGGAAAGUGUCGCGGAAUAACAUAUAGCAAGGACAGGCUUGUUGUGUCAUACGACAAGGACCCUAAAGUUGAGAUUUUAAAUCUUCGGGGCAAAGUUCUAAAGUGUUUCAAAACAGAUUACACUGGGAAAGCAUUAUUCAUAUAUCCUCUCUAUGUUGCCGUUAGUAGUGUUGAUGAUAUUAUAUACGUGUCAGAUCAAGCUGCCAACUCUGUCUUCAAGCUUACAUUUGACGGACAAGUACUUACUACUUACAAAGAUCCAGAUUUGUUGAAUCCAAGGAAAAUUAUUGUCUGUGAAAAUGAUUACAUGCUUGUGUGUAAUUUCUCUAAGAGUACUGUACAGCUUGUAUCACCAGGAAAUAAAAAGCUGAUGAACAUUCUGGACCGGGUUGACGUUCUUGGUUAUUGCAUGGCACUGCACUAUGAUGAGGAACACGCCAAACUCUACCUGAGUAAUUAUGAAAGCAGAUUUCAGAUUCAGAUGUUCAAAUUGACAUGA